AUGAAGUUUCUCUGCUUCUUGACGCUGUCGAUUUGCGCAGCUCUAGGCGCUGCCUCUUCUGCGCCGCCCUUGGGCUUUGAGCGACGUGCGCUUCUUCGUGACUUUUCCAAUUUCAAACGCGAAGAAAACUGCACCACAUGCGCAAUCUAUGAUGCGGCCCCAGUCACUUCAGCACCAAAGCCCAAUGUCUGGACCUCUGUCUCGGCAGAAGACAAUGUCGCCGUCUGGCAAUUGCUCCACGAUCCAGCCUCUGGCUUGAAUCUGACGGACGUAUCCAUUGCCGGCGUCAAUGACAACUAUCUUUUCUACAUUGACACGGUUCCGCUAAACAAGACCGACGUCAUUGCAUACUUGGACCAGUCCGGACCCAAGCCUGCACAGUACGCCCGCGCAAUCAUCUUUGAGGGCGGCAGGGAAGAGCCGAUAUCACAAGAGUACAUGGUGGGACCUCUGCCCGUCAGCAACGAGACGACAAUUCAAAAGCUUGACUACAUUUACAAUGGUGGAAUGGGAGGUUCGGUUCCAUUCAAUGGGCGAACAUUUGAUUCUAUGCGGAUCCUGGCAUCUGACCCUGUGCUCAUUGAAGUCAUGUCCAAUAUUACCGACAUUACAAUGGCACUGCUUGGUGGCGUUUGGUACGGCGACUACAAUGAAAGCUCGACCCUUAUUUCCACCACGACAUCUCCAACAUCGUUCAACGGCACCUCGGCCUUUCGAAUUGUCGUGUUCAAAUUCCCGGGACCGGCAAACUACUUGCGAAUGCUCGACUUUUACCUCAUCAUUGAUGUCACCGGCACCGACACGACACAUUACAAGCUCAAGGGCAUUGUCACCAACACCCGCUUCUUCCCCACCGUCGACGACUUGCGCGCAGCUUUUGAUGCAGGAGAGCUGACGGAAGAGUUCCACGUGCCAGAGGAUUACGACUGGGCUCUUGUCAACUACGACCAGGCAAUGGGCAAGCGAGACCUCGAGGAACGAUUUGCACCGCAGAGCAUUGAGAUUGGUGGGAAGCGAUACAAGGUGGAUGCCGAGCAAAAGUAUGUAGAGUACAUGGGGUGGUCGUUUUAUGUCGCCCACACUCUCAGCCUGGGCGUCAUGUUUUACGACAUUCGCUUCAAGGGCGAGCGCAUCCUCUACGAGCUUUCCAUGCAAGAGGCUGCUGCCCAGUAUGGAGGCUUCACGCCCAAGUCUUCCACGACGCUUUACCACGACACGUACUAUCAGCUCGGUGGUGAAUUGUAUCCGCUGGUGGAGGGAUUCGACUGCCCAUUUGGUUCCACCUUCUGGAACAUUAGUGCACACGACGGCAACACCACCAUUAUCAGCCCAGAUGCCAUUUGUAUCUUUGAGUCCGACGCUGGCUUUCCCCUCUCGCGUCAUCGCGCGGCGGGAGGCACGACGCUGUUUGGCUUUGAAAACUUUGGUGUGGUCAAGGCCUCUCAGUUGACUCUUCGCUCCAUUGCGACCGUGGGCAACUAUGACUAUCUGUUUGACUAUGUCUUUCAUGUCGACGGUUCUCUCGAAGUGAUUGUGCGUGCAUCAGGCUAUCUGCAGUCAUCCUUUUACUACCCCGACCAAGGAAAUUGGGGGCCUCGCAUUCAAGAAGCAGUACAAGGCUCGCUUCACGAUCACGUCCUGACAUGGAAAGCCGACUUUGAUAUCGUGGACUCCAAGAACACCCUCGAAGCAACAGAGCUGCGUGCCGCUCUCACUGAACAGCCCUGGUGGUCAGAGCUGGGGGCGUUUGAGCAGAUGGAGCUGAAUCGCUAUAACCUCGAGACGGAACAGCAGUUCAAUUGGCCAGACAAUGGCCAGAUCAUGUACUGCGUCAAUCAUGCCAAUGCUACCAACAAAUGGGGCACGAAGCGAGGCUAUCGCAUCGUGCCUGGACGUAACAAUGUUCAUCUGAGCACAUUGAACUCUCCCUUUAGCAGGAACAACUCUCAAUUCUCCAAGACGCACUUGGCCGUGACGCGACAACACGACAAUGAGCCAUUUGCAAACAGCGUGCAGAACCUCAACAUGCCCUGGAAGCCGCAACAGGACUUUUCAAAGUUCUUUGACGGUGAAAGUAUCGAGGGCGAGGAUCUCGUAGUUUGGUUCAACCUGGGCAUGCAUCACUAUACCAGAUCCGAAGAUAUUCCCGUCACAUUGUAUAACGAGGCAGUGAGCAGCAUCAUGUUUGCACCCCAAAACUUUUUCGAUAGGGCUCAAGAUGGAGAUAUACAAAACCGCCGAUGGAUCACUCCUGCAGAGAACUCGACCACGGAACUCGACUAUGAUACUUUUGGCAUUGAACUUCCCCAAUGCAAGGUUGAGUUGAAAGAGGGACGUGUAAAGCCUUUGGAGAUUAUCUAA